UGAGGAGGGUUCGCGAUGGCGGCCGCGGGCGGCCCUGAGGCGACAGCGUCGGCGUCGUCGGGUCCCUCGGAGGCGCCGUCGGUGGCCGGCGUCGCAGUGGCGGCCUCCUCUUCGUCGGCGUCGCCGGCCGUGGCCCCCGUGGUGGUGCAGCGCGAGCCGGUGUACAACUGGCAGGCCACGAAGCGGUCUCUCCGGGAGCGCUUCGCCUUCCUCUUCGCCAACGAGCUGCUGAGCGACGUGCGGUUCGUGGUGGGCAAAGGGGGGCCGAGGGCCGGAGGAGGCGCGCCCGGGCCGGGCCAGCAACGCAUCCCUGCGCACCGCUUCGUCCUAGCAGCCGGCAGCGCCGUCUUCGACGCCAUGUUCAAUGGCGGCAUGGCCACCACCUCGGCCGAGAUCGAGUUGCCCGACGUGGAGCCCGCCGCUUUCCUCGCCUUGCUCAGGUUUUUGUAUUCAGAUGAAGUUCAGAUUGGUCCUGAAACUGUUAUGACCACUCUCUACACAGCCAAGAAGUACGCUGUCCCAGCCUUAGAAGCUCAUUGUGUUGAAUUUCUCACUAAGCACCUUCGGGCAGACAAUGCCUUUAUGCUGCUUACUCAGGCUCGUUUAUUUGAUGAACCGCAACUAGCCAGUCUCUGUCUUGACACAAUAGACAAAAGUACUAUGGAUGCAAUAAGUGCAGAAGGGUUCACAGAUAUUGAUAUAGACACUUUGUGUGCAGUAUUGGAAAGAGACACACUAAGUAUUCGUGAAAGUAGACUUUUUGGAGCUGUUGUUCGCUGGGCUGAAGCAGAAUGUCAAAGACAGCAAUUGCCCGUCACAUCUGCAAAUAAGCAGAAAGUGCUUGGCAAAGCUCUCUCCUUAAUCCGCUUUCCAUUGAUGACGAUUGAAGAGUUUGCAGCAGGUCCUGCUCAGUCUGGAAUUUUGUCAGAUCGGGAAGUAGUAAAUCUCUUUCUGCAUUUUACAGUCAACCCUAAGCCUAGAGUUGACUAUAUUGACCGACCAAGAUGCUGUCUUAGAGGAAAGGAAUGCAGCAUAAAUAGAUUCCAGCAAGUGGAGAGCCGCUGGGGUUACAGUGGAACAAGUGACAGGAUCAGGUUCACAGUUAAUAGAAGGAUUUCGAUAGUGGGAUUUGGAUUGUAUGGAUCUAUUCAUGGACCCACAGAUUACCAAGUUAAUAUACAGAUAAUUGAAUAUGAGAAAAAUCAGACUCUAGGGCAGAAUGACACUGGAUUUAGCUGUGACGGAACUGCCAAUACCUUCAGAGUGAUGUUCAAAGAACCUAUAGAGAUUCUGCCAACUGUGUGUUACACUGCUUGUGCAACCCUAAAAGGCCCUGAUUCUCAUUAUGGCACAAAGGGAUUGAAGAAAGUAAUCCACGAGUCCCCCACUUCAAGCAAAACCUGCUUUUUCUUUUUUAGUUCACCGGGUAACAACAAUGGUACAUCAAUAGAAGAUGGGCAAAUACCAGAAAUAAUAUUUUAUACGUAACUUCAAAUAACUGAGAAGUAAAACUUUGCAUUGACUCUUGAUAAAAAGGACAGAUGGAAAAUACAGAAUACUGUGAAGCAUUGUAAAUACAUAAUCUCACAUGUGUUAUGAUGAUACUGAAGUAUUGUAUAUGGAAGGUACUAAAACCUAGUAUUCACUACUUCCAGUGGCAGUAUGCAGCCAAAUUGUUCUUUAACUAAAAUAUUCUUACCUGUACAUAAGUAUUUAACUUGAUCACUUUAAAUAUACUACCAUCAUUACCUGAAAGCUGGAGCAGAGUAUUUGUAUUUUUUUCUGAAAUAUACAUGUUGCAAAUGAUA